UAGCUGACACACUCAUAAGCACACACUUGCUCAUACUCUCAGACACACACAGACUGGGUGUUUCCGAUCCAGCUCCGAAAGCAUCCCUCUCACUCAGCCUCCUCAGCCUCCUCCUCCUCCUCAUCCUUUCACAGAGAAGAAGAAGCCAGUUUAGUGAAGCCAUGCCUAUCAUCAACGUGAGACUGAUGCGGCCGAGACCGGAGACUGCGUGGGGAAUCACCAUCAUCGGAGGCAAAGACCAGCCGGGAUGCCCACUGCAAGUAUCAAAGGUGACGCCAGGCAGCACGGCGCAGAGUGCUGGCGUGAGAGCGGGAGACAAGAUCACGCGCAUCGAUUUCAAGAUGACUGACAUUCUGGACCACGACGAUGCUCAGAUGUUGUUUGACAAGCCAGAGAAUCAGCUGUCGAUCGCACUGGAGAG